UUUUAAUUUCGCUUCUCCAAUCCCUCUCCUUCUUAUAUAUAUUUCGAAGGGAGCCCUGCCUCAGGAUUCUUUAAUUUUAUACAAGAAUUUAGGAAGAAGAGGAUACAAUCAGAGUGAUAUCCCAAUUCUUCUUUCUGGGUUUUUGCCCCAUCCCCUGUUCUAUCUAUUUCAAGGUUUUAAUCGGGGAUUUUCAGAUUCUACCAAGGUGUCUAUUUUUGUGGGUUUUGAUUUCUCGAGCUGGUUCCUUCACCGUUUUUCUGUUUGUAAAGAGGUUGUCGGCGGUGGGUUCAGUUGCUUCACUGCCGGAGAGGACAACAAUGGCGUCGGUGGCGUGUGGGUUUGUGAGCUGGUAUGAGGUCUUCGUGUCGAGUGAUAGAGGGAGAAGAGAGGUUCAUUAUUAUCUGAAGCGAGGCGAUGGGGGUUCAGAUCUGGCCGUCGUGGGGAAGGAGAAGAGUUUGAGGCACAUGUCUUAUCACUAUGCAUUGCGGGAUCGCUUCCUUAGUUCUUCGCUCACCAAGCUUAAGUCUCGCAGAGAGGUCGUUGAAUGGCUAAGCUCUGUUGUUUCUGAUUUGCAACGUAAAACAUCACAACCAUCCGAUCGUUUAAUGGACAUAGAAGGUGAAGAUGCUUGCCCGUCGACUGUUGUUUCUCAGAAGGACAUUCAACAGAUAAAAUUGGAUCAAUAUACCAGAGAUUUUUCAUGGCUAGGAUCUCCAUGGACCUGUAAGCGAAAGCGAUGGCACUAUCCAUCUUUCAGUCGCAAUGGUUUUAAGAUCUCGGUUCAUGACUUUGUAUACGUCUUAGCCGAGGAAGGCAAACGUCUUGUUGCAUAUUUGGAGGAUAUGUAUGAAGACUCUCGAAGCAACAGGAUGGUUGUGGUACGAUGGUUUCACAAAAUUGAUGAGGUUGAUAUUGUUUUGCCACACAAUUUUAGUGACAGAGAGAUUUACUUUUCUCUUUGUCUUCAAGAUCUCAGUGUUGAAUGCAUAGAUGGGGCGGCGACUGUUCUCAGUCCCCAGCAUUUUCAGAAGUUCCAGAACGAGGCGAAACAUACUUUAUUGGAGCCGUAUGUAUGUGAGAAGCAAUUCGAUAAUGAUGAUAUCAAACCCUUUGAUAUUACACAGAUCAAAGGCUAUUGGAAGCAAGAAAUACUCAGAUACAUGUACGCUCUUUCUUCUUCGAAAGCCCACACGCACUCUCAGCAGUCAGAAGAUGACACGAGUGCUGAGAUGAGGCCUCGAAAGAGGUAUCGACGCUUGAGAAAAGAUGAUGCGCAAAAUACUGAGAAGAGAAAGCCUGGAAACAUAUCUUCUUCUCUUGACGUGCGCAGGAACAGUGGUGUUGUUUUCAGUCCCAAAUGGGGUUGUGCUUCUAAAACUUUUAUAGGCAAGGAGUUGAACAACGCUUCUUCUGGCCAGUUAUCUGUAGGAUCUGAGAUUGAAGUUCUCUCACACGACAGCGGUAUUCGAGGGUGUUGGUUUAGAGCUUCAAUAGUAAAAAAGCGCAGAGACAAGGUCAAGGUGCAAUAUCACAAUCUUCAGGAUGCCGAUGACGAGUCGAACAAGCUUGUGGAAUGGCUUUCAGCAUCCAGAGUUGCAGCUAGUGAUCAAUUGGGUUUACGCAUCAAUGGACGAUUAGUUAUUCGUCCACAGCCCAGUAAGGAUAGCAAAGCUGCCUUGGUUUACAAUGUCGGGACAAUCGUUGAUGUAUGGUGGCACGACGGUUGGUGGGAAGGAAUUAUAAUUCAGAAGGAAUCCGAAGACAAGUUUCGAGUUUACUUGCCAGGUGAAAAGCAAGAAUUGGUUCUUGGGCGAGACGAUUUGAGGCAUUCUCGAGAAUGGAUAGGAAACCGGUGGAUGCAUAUGCAAGAAAGGCCAGAUAUCGCAACUUCGAUUCUGUCCUGUCCAGCAAAUGAUGGCUUCCCUAACAAGACGUUGACCUUGUUGAGCCAAGAUGCUGUUUGUGACAGCAAACAACCAGGAGAAGAUCGAAGUCAAUCAAGCGAUCGAGUGAAGACUAAAGAAUUGAGCACAGUUCCAGAUCUGUCGAAGGACGGUUUACUUGCCAAAUUACGGUGGACGGGUUCGAAAAAAAGAAGCCAACCCAGUGGGAGCGGUUCAUUGGCGAGUAGAUCAGUUUCUUCUCCAUCAACUUCUUCCAGUCCAUGUGAAAGAGGUGCAACUCCAAACUCCAUGAAAGUGGAUCAUGAGAACUGCAAAUACCUGGGGGAUUCUCUGUUCACUUCAUCAGUCGUGCCUGCUCUCUCAAGCUUGGUAAUGUCGAGAUGAUGAUGAUUUCUUUUUUGAUAUUUUGUUUGUUAAUAAGUUGAAAUUUAUUUGAGUUUUGUUAAGUGGGUGGGUGAUGCUGCAUCUAUUGGAUGCUUAUUUUUGCCUUGUAAUUUGGUAGCUUAGAAAUGUUAACCAUAGGGAGAGGGGUCAGUCUUUGUAUCAAAUCGCUAUCUAAAUGUUAUUUUGUAUGUAUAACACAAAAGAUAACCUAAUGCUAUCACAAAGCUCUCCCCCUCCAUGUUGAGAGCAUCAAAUUUUGUAUCUAAA